AUGAGUGACAAAGUUGAAGACGUCGCAAUUGACGUUGAUUCUAAUGAAGACAAGAAGAUCGAAGAUGUCAAGGAAACAGUUGAAGAAGCGGCAACUAAGGCUUCAAAUGUAGAAGCAGAAGUUCCAGCAGACACUGAAACCGAAACAGAGAACGUGAAAAAAGCUGAAAAACAGGAGGAAGGGCAAGAUCACGGUCAGGAGGACGAGGACGAUUCAGCACCUCCCUUGCCUGUAAGAAAAUCGGUUUCUCCAGAAGAACAGAGUGAAAAGGAAAAUCCUAUGUUAAAACAAUUGAAGGAAGCGUUCCCAAACAUUGAGGAGAAAUAUGUGAAGGCAGUGUUAAUUGCUUCUCAGGGCCAGUUGGAUCCUGCUUUCAACGCUCUUUUAUUCAUAUCGGACCCUGACUUUGAAAAAGAGGCUCCAUUACCAACUAGACCGGUGCAAGCGCCAACUCGUGGUGUAAGACGUGAGCCAAAAACGCAGUUAGAGCAGGACGAAGAAUUGGCUCGUCAAUUGGAUAAGAAAUUCAACAAACAUGGCAAUAGCGCUUCGGAGAGAACCGCACGCGAGCGUAGAAUCAGACAACGUGAACGUGAUUACGAGAGGAGGUACGGAGCAGGUGCAAUUCCACCAAAGGGAAGACGUGAUUCUGACGGCUAUGACAAUUUCGAAGAUGACGGUGAAGACGAUGUGUUCAGUAAUUUCGUCGAUAAGGAGUUACCCCAGAUUCGUGAAAAUUUGAACCGUAAUAUCCAGGAAACUGGUAAAAAGAUCAGUACAUGGUUCAGUGGCAUCACCAAGAAUCUGGUGGAUGACGAUCCAAAUUAUUCCGAAUCCCGUCCAAAAUAUUCUCAGUCGAGGUUUAACUCCUUCGGAGAUCGUUACCGUGAUGGCAAUGACAACGUCGAUGGCCAAACGAAAUUACAAAAUGCUGGGAUCUCAUUGCACAACGAUGAUCUAGAUUUUGGAUCUGAUGACGAUAUCCCACCCCAAUUACCAUCAAGGGCCAAGAAAGUCGUAGCAGAGACAACAUACAUAGACACUCCAGAACAAGUAAGGGGUAAGAAUAACCGUUCUCCUUUGAAAACCUUGGCACCGCACAGUGAAUCUCCAACAAGAUCCACACCCACUUCUAAAUUAAACACAAGCACGGACAAAACUGCCUCAACCGAAGAAAAAUCCGAUGUAAAGCUUGUAACUCCAACUGCAAGCAAUAAGAACACAGAAGGGCCAAUCACGUUAGAAGAUCAAGAUAUUAUCACAGAUUCUGAUUUGGAUAUUUAA